AGUUGUAUUUCAGUCUGAUCAGACAGUCAGCAGCAAGACAACAUGGAGGCUGCAGCUCUCUGCGUCAGACUGCUGAUGCUUGAAUUCAUUCUGCUGGCGACCGGAGUUCAGAAGAGUUAUAGUGUGUAUGGUGAUGCAGUUUUUCUCCGUAUCCGUCCAAACAGACAGCAGCACUUUUCAUAUCACCCCAUCUCAUUUCAAUGUGAGGGAGGUGACGGUUCAUCUCAGUUAAGAGGAGUCAGGAGUUCAGAGGAAAUUAAUCCAGCAUGUCAAAGUAAGACGACAUCAACAGGUUUCGUCUGUACUAUCAGUAACAUCUAUGUAGCUGAUAGUGGAGAAUACUGGUGUGAGACUAAAGGAGGACAGAGAAGCAACAGUGUCAACAUCACUGUCACUGAUGGUUCUGUGAUCUUGGCCAGUCCUGCUCUGCCUGUUUUGGAGGGUGGUACUGUAACCCUGAGCUGCAAAAAAAAGACAACUACCCACCACCUCUCAGCUGUUUUCUACAAAGAUGGUGUCCUGAUAGAGAGCAGUUCUACAGGAGACCUGAUCAUUAACAACGUUAACAAGUCUCAUGAAGGAUUCUACAAGUGCAGCACUCAUGAUGCCGGUGAAUCACCAGGAAGCUGGCUGGCUGUCAGAGAUGCUCCCCCCAGUGACUCUGGCACCACUCGUACCCUGAACCCAGCUGAGAUCACUGUCACCAUUUUAUUCUUGGCUCUGUUGCUGCUCGCGGUGGGAUUCCUUUACAUCAGGAACCGCAGAGAUUUGCCCUCCUAUCAGUCAGUGGUGAUCUACUUCUCCUCAAAGAUACAAGCAGCAGCAUCACACUCAGGCCAGGACAAUCAAAUGGUCUCUGGAGAUGAACCUGCAGAUAAUGAAAGCAGUUUGACGUAUGAAGUUGUCUUUCCACAACAGAGGAAGACCAAAGACUCGGCAGACGCUGCUGAUAACGAUCAUCACGUUGAGACAAACCAGAGCAGAAAACCACAGACAGAUAAAGAUGAGGAUAAAGUUGUUUACUACACCUUGAAACUAAGUGACACUUCACAUGAUCUCCAACAUGAUGAUACAGGUGACACCUGACUGAAGAAGGGAGGAGAGACUCCGAGCUGAUGUGUGAAACAGAAGAUUAACAAAUCAAGAAUACUGCUGAACUGUGAAGCUUUGUGUUGAAAUCAUGUGUAGUGUUGUCAUCAAUGUUGUCUGGGUUGAUGGGAGGUCUUACUGUUGAUGUGACUGUUUUGAUAGUUUGGUGAUUCCCAUUUUCAGGAGAAGUUUGGUUUGGUUUGUUUGUAUUGUGUAUGUAUUACAUAUUACAUGUAUUGCUUGUGCUUGCAAUAUGACACUGGCCCAUGUAGAAUGACACUGGACAGUGCAGACUACAUUAUAUGAAUGAGAUUCAGCACUGCAGUCACAAUGAAAUGUGUGUGUAGGUGAUGUUAUUUAGCUGGCAACAAUCAUCUAAUCCAACAGCAUACAUUUAAUAUCCUUCAGCAGGGUUUUUAAACAAAAAUCAUCAAUUUUGCUACAGGCUUUGAACAAUGAAGUUACACCUCUUAAUGCAGGUGGGUUGUAUACUCAAACCACAAUAAAAUCAUCACAACUCACAAAAAGUGUGAAAAAAGCUCUACGUGACUCUCACAUGGAUCAGUUACCUGUUCAAAGUUAAGUUGUGUGUUGAAAAGACACUCAAAAUGAAAUUGCGCUUUGUAUGGAAGAUAGACUUUACAGUUAAGAUGAUAAAAAAAGCAAUUCAUGGGGAAACCCAAGCUUACUUCAAAGUCCUACAUGAUUUA